GUUCUGUUCCCGCGCUUUUGCAUUGACAAAACUUUUUUGUAUUUAUUUGUGUGUAAGUGUAUGUGAUUUAAGUAAGUGUUCAGUCGUUUAGGUUUUCGUUGUAGAUUAAUGUAACUAAAGUAUUGUUACAAUAGUUAAACUGUAAAGGAGUGCCAUGCCGACCCCUCAGAAGACGGGUGGUACGCCCCAGGGGCGCCGGUCACGGGCAGGGACGCCCACCAGCGCUGCCCCCAGCUCCCCCGCGUCUCAAGGUGGGCGGCGGCGGAGGCCCGGGACUCCCUCGCAGAGACGGUCGGUGCCGUCCACCCCGUCCAGGCCCUCCCGGCCCUCCACUCCGGCGGUCCCUGCGGCCGGCCCCAUCAUCGAGGAGUCGGACCAGCUGUCGCCAGUCAUCAACAUCAACCCCACCAGCCCGUUCGUUCCCGGGAUGAGCGAGAUAGAUUUGAGCUCUCCGCUGAACUACGGCACCCCGAGCUCCCUGGGUUCGGUCAGGACCCACCGCUCUGGCGUCAGGGAGACUCCGAUCCGCCUGCGGCCGGACAUAAGGGUGGACCGGCGCGUCCGUCAAGUCAACCUCAACUCCGACCCGGACGGCGGGGAGGGGCCCCGGGAGCAGAGCUCCGAGCCGGACAGCGUGCAGGGCCCGCAGCUGGUGAUCUGGGGCACGGACGUGGUGGUGAACCGCUGCAAGGACAAGUUCAAGCGCUUCGUCAGCAGCUUCGUGGACUCGGCGGUGGAGGAGGACGAGCGGGUGGAGGCCAUGCAGGUUGACGAGCCCCUGUACCUCCAGCACCUGGAGGGGAUCCACGACUUGGAAGAGCCGUUCCUAAACGUCAACUGUGCCCACCUGGAGAGGUUCGAUGCCGGGCUGUACCGCCAGCUGAUAUGCUACCCGCAGGAAGUCAUCCCCACCUUCGACAUGGCCGUCAACGAGAUCUUCUUCGACCGCUACCCCGCGGCCGUGCUGUCCCACCAGAUACAAGUGCGGCCGUUCAACGCUCAGAAGACUCGGGACAUGAGGGGACUCAAUCCGGAAGACAUUGACCAGCUGAUCACAAUAAGCGGCAUGGUGAUCAACACGUCGAGCAUAAUCCCGGAGAUGCGAGAGGCGUUCUUCAAGUGCGUGGUGUGUGCGUUCACGACGACGGCGGAGCUGGACCGGGGGCGCAUAUCGGAGCCGACGCUCUGCCCCAACUGCAACACCAACCACUGCUUCGCGCUGGUGCACAACCGCUCGCAGUUCACCGACCGGCAGGUGGUGAAGCUGCAGGAGUCGCCAGACGACAUGGCGGCGGGCCAGUCGCCCCACACGGUGUCGGUGUUCGCCCACAACGACCUGGUGGACACUGUCCACGCGGGGGACCGCGUCACCGUGACGGGCAUCUACCGCGCGGUGCCCACCCAGGUGAACCCGCGCAUGAGGAGCGUGCGGUCCGUCUACCGGACCCACAUCGACGCCGUCCACUUCCGCAAGGUGGACAGCAGGCGGCUGUACGAGCAGCAGGAGGGGAAAGUCCACAAAUUUGCCCCAGAAAGAAUAGAGUUGCUAAAGUUGUUGUCGCAAAAAGAGGAUAUUUAUGAAAGGUUGGCUCGUGCUGUAGCCCCAUCCAUUUAUGAAAAUGAAGACAUCAAGAAGGGCAUUCUCCUGCAACUGUUUGGUGGGACCAAAAAGAAUUUCACCAGUGCUGGGAGAGUUAACUUUAGGGCGGAGGUCAACAUCCUGCUGUGCGGGGACCCGGGCACCAGCAAGUCCCAGCUGCUGCAGUACGUGCACGGGCUGGUGCCACGCAGCCAGUACACCUCGGGCAAGGGCUCCUCCGCCGUCGGCCUCACGGCCAGCGUCACCAAGGACCCCGAGACCCGCCAGCUGGUGCUGCAGACUGGAGCUCUUGUGCUAGCAGAUAAUGGAGUUUGCUGCAUUGAUGAGUUUGACAAAAUGAACGAUUCCACUCGCAGUGUUCUUCAUGAGGUGAUGGAGCAACAAACAUUGAGCAUAGCAAAAGCUGGAGUCAUCUGCCGCUUGAAUGCCCGUACGUCCAUUUUGGCCGCCGCAAAUCCCAGCGAGUCCCAGUGGAAUAAAAAUAAGACAAUAAUCAAGAACAUCAUGCUGCCUCACACGCUUCUGUCCAGGUUUGAUCUGAUAUUCCUGAUGCUGGACCCGCAAAACGAGUUGUUUGACAGGCGGCUGGCCCGUCACUUGGUGUCUCUCUACUACAAAACACGGGAUGCUGAGGAGGAUGAGCUCAUGGACAUGGGCAUCUUGCGGGACUACAUCGCGUACGCAUGUGAGUUUGUACAUCCGAAGCUGAGUGAGUUGGCAUCGCAGUUGCUGAUCAAGGUGUACGUGGACAUGCGGAAAGUGGGGAGCGGGCGGGGCCAGAUCACGGCCUACCCCCGCCAGCUGGAGUCCCUCAUUCGCCUGGCCGAGGCGCAUGCCAAGGUGCGCUUCUCCGAGGUCGUAGAGGAGGUGGACGUCGAAGAAGCCUGGAGGCUGCACAGGGAGGCCCUGAAGCAGUCCGCCACGGACCCGCUGUCGGGGAAGAUAGACGUGGGCAUCCUGACCACGGGCAUGAGCUCGGCGGCCAGGAAGCGGCGGCUCGAGCUGGCCCAGGCCCUCAGGAAGCUCAUCGAGUCCAAGGGCAAGGUGGCCACGCUCAACUACCAGAGGACCUUCGCCGAUAUGAAGGAGUCGUCGCAGGUGAUGAUCACGCGGGAGAUGUUUGAAGAUGCUGUGAAGGACUUGCAGGAUGAUGGCGUCAUAAUCGUCAUGGGCAAGAAUACAAUUCGUGUGUGCUGAGAGACACGAGUGGCUCGGCACAUCUCAAUCAAGUCUACUAUGAAGAAACUUAAGUUUGCACACCGUAGUUAGUAAUUUGCAUCAAACUAUUUUUUUUUUUUUUUGUUUUAUACUUGCUACAUAAUGUUUUGUUAACGUUUAUUUUUAAAACCAAUGUAAAAAAAUAGAUUUGUUACCAAGCAAAGUUGUUUACUGUGCCACAGCUAGCAUGUCUUAUGUCAUCACACUGUGUAAGUACAAAAUAAAAGUGCAUUCCAGUAUAAGUUAAUGAUCCGCCUCGAGAAGCGGUGGAUUGUAAUACUGGUCAUACCAAA